AUGCGGCCUGGGACCGCGCUCCUCCUCCUCAGCUUGGGCCUCGGCCCGGGCCUGGGCCGCCUCCCACCGGCCACGCCUCCUCGCGGGGCCCGGGCCGCCACCCCCGAGGCGCCGCGGGGUCCGCUCCGGGGCGCCCUGCCGGGCCUCGGGGUGCUCGGCGGCCGCGCCCGCCUCAGCCUGCGGCCCCGCGCGGCCCCGGACGGCGGCGGCGUCCUCCUGAGCGGCGGCCGCAGCCUGUGCUGCUCCCGCGGCGGGGGCGCCAGAGCGGGCGGCGGGCGGCGCGGGGCCCGGAGACCACCCGGCCCGGCGCGGCCGCGCUGCCACUGCCUCCGCGUGCACGGCGAGCUCCGGGCGCGCGGCGGCCUGCGCAGGCCCGCGGCGCCCACCGACGUGGCCGUGCACCUGUCGGCGCCCCGGGGCCGGCUCUCGCUGCUGUGGGCCGCGCUCCUGCGGCGCCGGCUCCGGCCUCGCCACGGGUCCUUCCACCUGCGGCUGCGCGGGCCCGGGGAGACGCGGCCGCCCCGCCCCGCCGCCGUGCGCCUCGCCGCGCGCUCCGUCCUGCCGCUCGGCCCCCACCCCUCCGCCGGCGUCGUGGCCGGAACCAGCUGCCCCACAGGCGGCCCCAGGCCUGUUACUCCAGACGCCUUCAGCCCGCACACGCCCGAAGCCCUGGGGUCCUCGGUGUCCUGUCAGCUGCGGCCCUGCCGGAUCAACCAGGUGAAGGUCGACAAGGACAAAACUCUUUCUCACGUGCGGGUGCCCAGGGGGACGGAAACUACCCUCACCGCCACCGUGGACGUUGACUGCCCCAAUGCCCUCGCCAUCCAUCAGUAUUGGCAAGUCUUCUCCGUGUCUUCUCUUUCCGAGAAGCCCGACUGGACUAACCCUCUGGAUGUACCCCAACUCCAGACAAAGAAAAACUCAUCGUCUCUACACGUCCCCAAGGCUUCUCUCCCUUUGGGGAUAUAUGUGUUUAAUUUCAUAGUGUCCAUUACCCCAAGCGAUCCCCAAAUGCCAGUGGUCAAAGUCUCAGAUUACAUCUACGUAGAGGUUUUUAGAAGUCCCCUGAAUGCGGUCAUUCUUGGGGAUUCCAACAUAACGAUGAAUUUCACAGAUGGGCUGGUUCUGAAUGGAACCAUGUCCUCAGAUCCAGAUGCCGACAACCCUUUAGAGGGACUCAAUUUUUUUUGGUACUGUACCACAAAUUCAAGAAAUUAUGGUAAAGACAACAUAACAGUGAUGAGCCAGGAAGUUUGUCACCCAGAGCAAACUAAUCUCAGGUGGACAUGGGCUUCUGGCCCUGUACUAACACUUUUGCCAGAAACACUUCAAGGUCACCGUGUGUAUUUUUUCAGAAUGUUGAUACAGAAGAGUGACAGGAAAGCAUUUGCUGAUAGAAGAGUCCAGGUGCUCCAAGGACCAGCACCCUCAGCAAAAAUUUCAUGUAUCGAAAAUUGUAAUAGUUUUUUAGUCACAUCAGACAGGUUUUCUUUGUUUUUAAAUUGCACAAAUUGUGCAACAAGUCGUGUAUUCUAUAAAUGGUCAGUCUUGUCGCCUUCAAAUCAUGAGAUCGUAGUUAACUGGACACAGCACACUACAACAGGAAGGAAUGGUGCAUAUGUGUCUGUAAAAGCUUUUACUUUUAGGAAAUUUUAUGAAGUCAGGCUUAAGAUGUCUGUCCAUCUAGCAACCUGGGGUGGCGUGAACUUAUACUUCAGGUAUCCCUUUAUUAUUAACCAAGUCCCGAAAAUCGGAGAAUGCAAAAUUGACCCAGCUAAGGGAAUUGCAAUUUACACUAAAUUUGUUGUCCGUUGUAAUAACUUUACAGAUAGGAAUGUCCCUCUUAUGUACAAGAUAAUAGUUUCUAAUUUGCACAGUGCUAGUGAAAUAAGUUCUGUAAAAGAGAACACCUUGGGAGCCACUUUGUAUUUGGGGACUGAGUCGACAGCACCCCCUUCUUUUCUCCCUGUCGGCUUGUUGGCCAGUCAUUAUGCAGUGAAGAUAUAUGUUCAGGUUUAUGACUCACUGGGAGGUUUUUCUCAGGUGACUUUGUAUGCCACUGUUCAGUCCCCCACCGACCAAAAUUCACCAAGGACUGUGCUGCAUAAGUUACACAAUCUCACUAUGGGACCCAAUUCAUUGCUAUCCACUUUGCUUCAACAGCAGGAGUUUUUACCUGCAGGUUACUUAAUAUAUACAGUAGCUUCUGUUUUGAAUAACAUGAAAACUGAAUCAAGUCUCCAAGCCGACAAAGCCAAUCUCCGAGAACACCUUGUCAACCAGUCCUUCAAUCUCCCUGCAACCACCUUGGUGGAAAUAAACCAGGUAGUCAUGACUCUUACUGAAUUAUCCCAGAAAGGUUCUGAAUUCACCCAAGUUGCAGAGAAACGUAUUCUAAUGAGGCUAAGGCAAGCAAAUCAAGCACUCCAAAUGUAUCAACAAAGAGAUGCUAGCUUCCGUUCCGAACAAAUAGAAAUUGUGAGCACUGGAAUAGCAACGAGUUUGUCCAAUAUCCUUAAUAUGACUUCUCAUCGUGAAGCUGUUCAACAUCCUUUCGAUAUACUAGAAUCUCUAGGAGACACAUUCUUGCUAUGUAAAGUGCCGGGGAAUGAGACGACUGUAGUGAGGACACCCAAUUUUAACAUGUACUUGAACAAAAUUGAAAAGUGGGAUGUUACCGAGGCCUUCAAAAAUGAGACACACUGCCGAAAUUGUUUUUACCCAAAACUGAACAUAAGCAGUGCUCCCGAUUUGCCUGCAAAUGCCCCAGUCUCUACGAUGAUUUGUGAGUUUGCAAAUGACCCCUUUCCAUGGUUAAAUUAUGGGCAAAACAUUUCAACAGAGGUGGUUGGAUUUAGAAUGACAGGCGUCAAAGCCAACGGUGACGUGAUGGAGAUCACACCCGAUGCAGUGGAAGUGCACCUUGUCAGAAAAAACUUGACCUUCGCAGCUUUCAAUCUCACAGUGGGCCCCAGUGAUGAGCAUGACGAUGUUGAUGAGCCCUUGAAAAGGACGACGGGGGCAUUCCACUUUGAAGUGGACAGCGGCGCGGUCAGGGAGGUGUUGGUCCACAUUGUGACCGAGGUGACUGUGUUGUUUCAGGUGCUGGUGUACGCGGGAGGCCACGUGACCCCCGCUGCUCUGGUGGCCACUUUCCUCGUGCCCCAUGACAUGCCUCCGACUGCCAACCAGAGUGGCCUGUUUAACCCGGCCUGCGCGGUGAAGCAGGCCCGUGUGGUUUGCCUGCCGCAGUCCCUGCUGCAGGUGAUAGCUCAGCGCAGCAACUCGUCCAGGUGUGUCAUAUCCGUGGUUCUGCGGGCACCUCAUUUCGUCAUGGAGCCCAAUGACAAGCUAGUGAGAAUUUCUCUUUUCAGCGUUCAAUGCUUGGACAUGUAUGGGAUCCAGAGUGAAUGGAGAGAAGAUCACUGCAUUCUUGGAGAGCAGACCUCCUGGGACAGAGUGCACUGCAUCUGCAAGGACACAGCGAGGGCCAGGCGGCAGCUGGAUCCUGCAGACCGGUCCAGCCUUCAGGUGCACAUGCACUUCCUGACAGCUGAGGUGAUCGUGCUGCCUAAUCACGUGGAUCUCCAGUUUGAGGUCAUCAGGAACAUUCACCAAAACCCCGUCACCCUCCUCACAGUGUUUUUCAUUAUGCUCAUGUACAUAGUCUUGGCUUUCUGGGCCUUGCACAAAGAUGAAACAGACCAGUUUCUCAGGGAGCAUGUGAUACUUCCACCCGAUAAUGAUCCUUAUGAUACCACAUGCUACCUGGUCACUAUUUUUACUGGAAGCCGUUGCGGGUCUGGGACCAGGGCCAAUGUCUUUAUCCAACUUAUGGGGACAGAGAGUACCAGUGACGUGCACUGCAUAAGCCAUCCAUAUUACAGGACUCUGUAUCGAGGAAGCAUCAACACUUUCCUCCUAACUGCAAAAAGUGACUUGGGGGACAUCCAUUCCAUUCGUGUGUGGCACAACAACGAGGGCAGAAUGCCCAGUUGGUACUUAAGUAGAAUCAAAGUGGAAAAUCUGUUUAGCAGAUAUAUUUGGCUGUUUAUCUGCCGGAAAUGGCUUUCUGUUGACACCUCUUUGGACAGAACAUUUCAUGUUACCCACCCAGACGAGCCUCUAAGCAGAAAGGACUUUUUCUUAAUAGACGUGGUCAGCAUGCUAGGGGAAAGUCAUAUGUGGUUCUCUAUUUUUGCCAGUAUCGUUGAUAAGCCAUUCAAUAGGCUCCAAAGAUUGUCAUGCUGUUUAGCAUUGUUGCUAUCCACUCUCCUUUGUAACAUUAUGUUCUUUAAUCUGAAUCGAGAACAAGAAACUGAAUUCAACAGGGCACACUACAUCAGAUCAAUGGUGAUAGGAAUUGAAAGUGCCUUAAUUACAGUCCCUGUGCAAGUAAUAGUAAGCUUCUUGUUCAUCUAUUCCCAAAAGAAACCUCCUCAAGUCAGUCUAGAUGAGGUAUCUCCCAAAAAGCAUCCCCCGAUGGCAGAACCAAGUGUGCCCUGGGAGGAACGUUUAGAAAAGUGGUAUGCUCAUGAAACCUCCCAGGCACCUGCCAGCAAGGCUGGGAAGCUCUCAUCGAGGGAGAAUCCUGGACUUCCUGAAGCUUCUGUCAAGGCAGCCUUCAAAACACAGAGCAAGCUCGAGAAAGCCCAAACCAGAGCCCCACAGACCCACAGGGCAGUGACAAACUCCAACAACAACAACAUAAGGGAUGCGCAAGAUAUGCCUUCGGAAGCGCCCCCUCCCCAGCAGGAACCCGAGCCCCCUGAGCCAAAGCCCGUGAUUCUUCUCCCCUGGUGGUGUGUUUACAUAGCAUGGUUCUUGGUUUUUGCCAUAUCGAGCAUAUCAUCAUUCUUUAUUGUAUUUUAUGGACUGACUUAUGGUUAUGGCAAAUCAAUAGAGUGGCUCUUUGCAUCCUUUUGCUCAUUCUGUCAGUCGAUUUUUCUGCUGCAGCCACUUAAAAUUAUACUCCAGUCAGGUUUCAGAACACAGCAGCCCAAGUACUGUAAAAACCUUUCCUGGACCACCAAGUAUCAUUACGCUGAGCUCAAGCUGCAUGGCAUGAGGAGGGAUCCAAGUGAAAUGCAAGCACUCCAUCAACACAUUGCCCAAGUCCGAAGCUCGAGGAUGUAUCAGCCCCUCACAGAAGAUGAAAUCAGAAUAUUCCAAAGAAAGAAGAGGAUCAAGAGGAGAGCCGGCCUGUUCCUGAGCUACCUCCUAACUCACUUCAUCUUUCUGGCCCUUCUGUUGACCUUCGGCACCCUACUUCACUCCACCAAUAGCUUUUACUAUAACCAGUUUAUUCGCGAUCAAUUCUCUGUGGAGCUCACUACGGUGACGAGGCUGGAGCACAUCUACAGGUGGCUGAACCGAGUCCUUCUGCCUUUGUUCCACAAUAACCUGAAUCCAACGUUUCUCCUCGACAGCUCAUCUAAAAUCCUUGGCCUCCCACUGAUGAGGCAAAUCAGAGCAAAACCUGGUAAAAAAGCAUGCCUGCCUGCCAAAAUGUUGGUACCAGACAGCAUCAGAAAGGAAAUCCACUGUCACCCCAAGUACGGUAUUGACCCAGAGGACACCAAAAGCUAUUCUAGCUCUUGGAAUGACGUCAAUAAGCGGGCUGUCCGCAAGGAUACCAAUGGCUUUACUUAUAAGCCACGAGAAAAGAAAUGGGUGUAUCAUUCCUACGGACUGUUCCAUACCUAUGGAUCAGGAGGGUAUGCAUUCUAUUUUUUUCCAGAACAGCAGCAGUUUAAUUCCACACUGAGGCUCAGGGAGCUCCAAGGAAACAAUUGGCUUGAUGAGAAGACGUGGGCCGUGAUCUUGGAACUCACGACUUUUAAUCCAGACGCAAACCUGUUCUGUAGCAUUUCUGUCAUAUUCGAGGCUUCUCAAUUAGGAAUUGUAAACACAAGUAUAUCUGUGCACUCUUUCUCACUUCCCGAAUUCAACCAAAAAACUUCAGUAGAAAUCUACGUGUACCUGGCCAUUCUCAUUUUUUUUGUGGCCUACAUCGUCGAUGAGGGCUAUAUCAUUCUGCAAGAAAGAGCCUCCUACCUGCGGAGUGUGUAUAAUCUACUCAACUUUGCUUUAAAAUGCAUAUUUACUGUUUUGAUUGUGCUUUUUUUCUGGAAACACUUCUUGACCACUGGCGUGAUUCAGUUUUACUUGUCCAGCCCUGAGGAUUUCAUACCGUUUCAUGCAGUUUCUCAUGUAGAUCACAUCAUGAGGAUAAUUUUGGGUUUCCUGUUAUUUCUGACGAUUCUGAAAACCCUCAGGUACUCCAGAUUCUUCUACGACGUGCGACUGGCCCAGAGGGCCAUCCGAACCGCCCUUCCCGGCAUCUACCAUGUGGCCUUGGUGGUGGCCGUGUGCUUCUUCGUGUACAUGGCCUUCGGCCACCUGAUGUUUGGUCAGCACGAAUGGAACUACAGUAACAUGAUUCAUGCCACUCAAACAAUCUUCUCCUAUUGCGUGUUGGCUUUCCAGAACACUACAUUUUCCAGUAACAGGGUUCUUGGGGUCCUGUUCCUCUCCUCUUUUAUGCUGGUAAUGAUCUGCAUCUUGAUCAACUUGUUUCGGGCAGUGAUUUUGUCUUCCUAUGAGGAAAUGAAGCAGCCCGUGUACGAGGAGCCGUCCGACGAGGUGGAGGCCAUCACCUACCUCUGUCGUAAGCUGCGGACUGUGUUUCGCUGUCUGACCUGCCAGUCCAGGGCCAAAGAUGAGCCUGAGUUCUUCACUGACAUGCUCUAUGGGCAGCCAGAGAAGAAGAGCCACCGGUACCUGGGGCUGAAGACCAGAAACAUUAAUGGGAAGAAAAUGGUUUACCUUGUGGUUUGAUUGAUGAUGGUGUCAAGUGCCAUCCGGAAAGUUUUUCCCCCAGUGCUCCGUUUGGGGGAUUCAGGCAUGUUCAGUGGCCCCAUUGUGCUUUCUCCCCAAAUCCCACACUGUGUACACCUUGUGCAUUUCAGAGUAUCCCUACUCUUGGGCUCUGAGUAUGGAAGGAGUGUGUCUGAGUGUCAGGUGGCCUCUGUGGAGAGAGGAUUCCUGGAUGGAGUUCCCCUUAGAGGGGCCUCCUGGGACUCCUGGUAGAGGGGCAGCCCUGAUUUCUUUGGAGCCUGCAGUGGUUUAGAAGGAAGAGAGCCACAACUUUUGAGAACAAGAACUGGGUGACGGAGCUGAGGAGGCCCCACCCUGGACCUUCCAGGGAUCGACCUUGUCCUGCUGCUUCUCUUUGGGGCCCAGGCUGGAAGCCCAGCGGCUCCUGGCUCCCUGCAGAGCUCCGGACGUCUCAGCCCUGCUGGGCUAGGGCUGCAGGGGCCUUGCGGGGAAUCACAGAGUCGGGCCUCUUGCUGGGAAUGCAGGGAUGGGAGGAGGGGGUCAGGAUCCGGAGGCUUCCCAUCCACUCCUCAGUCCACAGCAAGCUAAAGAAGUAAAAUAAAUUAACACUUUCUGACCAAGAGGCAUGGCUUUUGUUCAACAGUAAAAAGCUGUGUGUGGAUUCACAUUGAAAUAUGGUAAAUGUUACAUGUAUUGACUAUAGCACAAAAACCAUCCAGGAUUUAGGCAUU